CAGAACGAGAGUAAGAGGAUAUUCCGCACGUAUCCGGGCAUCGGCUAAACGAUGCAUUGAAUUGCAAGAGCAGAAACAAGCCAGGUACGCAGAGCCUCAUUGUCCCAUCACCCCACCGCAGCAUGGAGAACCUAGAGGAGGACCUGACAUGUUCAGUGUGCUAUUCCCUCUUCGCUGAUCCUCGGGUUCUGCCCUGCUCUCACACCUUCUGUAAAUCCUGCUUGGACAACGUACUCCAAGUCUCUGCCGUCUACUCCAUCUGGCGUCCACUGCGGCUCCCACUUAAGUGCCCCAACUGCCGCAGUGUGGUAGAGCUCCCACCAACAGGUGUUGACGCAUUGCCCAUAAAUGUCUCCCUCCGCGCCAUCAUUGAGAAGUUCCAGAAGGACAGCCAACCACGGCCCCCCUCCUGCCCUGAGCACCACCGACAGCCCCUCAACGUCUACUGUGUCCAGGACCGCCAGCUCAUCUGUGGCUUCUGCCUAACAGUGGGCCAGCACCAGGGACACCCCAUCGAUGACCUGCAGGCAGCCUUCAUCCGGGAGAGGCAGGUGCCCACUCACCUGCUGGGGAGGCUCUCAGACCACCGCCUGGCAGAGGUGUGUAAACUGGGGGAGCAGCUGGAGCAGGAGAAGGCCAGCUGUGAGGGCCUAGUGAGGCAGGACCGGCAGGCCGUGGAACAGUACUUCCAGGGACUGGAGCUGGUGCUUUCUAGGAAGAAAGAGGCUUUCAUGGGGGCCCUGGACACAGCAAGCGUGGAGGUGUCUCUGGCCUACGAUCCACUCAUCCAGAGGCUGAAGGAGCUGCAGGAGGAGCAGCUGGACCUGUUGUCUCUGGGUUCGGCCGUGGAGGACGAAGACUCUCCCCUGGUCUUCCUGGAGAAGGUGUACCUGUUCCGGGAGAGGGUGGAGGCACUGGUAAAUGCACCCCUGCCCAGAGUCAUAUCCCUCUCCAUCACCCCCCGUGCUGCUGAGUACCUGGAGCAGCACUGGGCUGGUGUGACCAUCGGAGAGCUGGAGGAAGGGCCGGUGCCUCGGUUCUUCUGCUGUGCAAAGCCCACCCAUUCUGGGGACGGUUCUUAGGACAGAGGCAGGGAGUCACCCUGGAGGCUGGGUCCAGGAUCUGUUGCUGCAGCCCACUCCCCCUGUGGUGCUUCUGGGGCUGCUGCUGCUCCUGGCUGCCGUGUGGGUGAAUCCUGUUGGGGGAGCAUCUCUGGGCUUCUCCCUGCUGUCCCAUCUCAGUCAGAUGGUGCACGACCUAAGCAGUGAACUGACCGCCUCACUAUGGGAGACAGCAGGCUUCCUGUACGCACAGACAGUGGAGGUGGUGUGGCGGUGCAGCUCUGCCUUCUCCACACUGGGGGAGAACACCUACCAGCAGCUGGCAUCCCUCUACAAGACCCUCAGCUCCUGACAGAAAGACACAUGGGUCUUCACUUCAGGAAGGACCCCAGCACCUGGUGAUGUAAGGUCUUAAUGUCACUCUCCUUUGGUUUGGGAUUAAUGCUAACUGUGCCUAGUGAUUGGAACUUCUCUGAUGCAGCAGGAUACAGUUGACAGAAAACAGGCGUUACUUCUGGAACUAACCCUGACCCCAGCUAAAGCGCAUCACAGGAAGAUACUGCCUCAUGUACCACAAAGUGAAAAACAAACUUUUCACAAAUCCUGAAAUGCAUUCAGCAGAUUGGAAGCUGUUAUAUUCAACAAUAAGCCAUAAAAGGUACAAUUUUCAUAACCUUAUGCACAACUUUUUCAAAGACAUUCUAUAGCUCUACAUGCAGUAUACUGUAAUAAAUAAUACUAUAGGACUGUUGCAUUUAACUCCAGCUAUUUAACCUUCACCAGAAAAGCCUUCUGUUAAAUCAAGUAUGGAUUUUCUAUAAGUCAACUACAAUGCAUGUGUGCUUCGAACACACCGACUGCGUUGUUGGGUUUUGGUACACCAGAAGUACAUUCAUUUCCAAUGGAACGCUGC